UCGAUAUAUAAAUCCUGAGAAGAAAAUAAGACUUAUUCGGUUCUGUCCAAUCGCCACAUCCGAAUCCCUGGCCUUUUAAAAAUGGCAGAUGAAGCGGGCACCCAGGCCGAUGGCCAACGGCAGUUUAUAUGCGGCGUGAUCGAGGGAUUCUACGGCCGGCCGUGGACCACGGAGCAGCGGAAGGACCUAUUCCGAAAGCUGAAGUCCAUGGGUCUGGGCUCGAGUCCGUCGUACAUGUACGCGCCGAAAGACGACUACAAGCACCGCGCCUACUGGAGAGAGCUGUACACCGUGGAGGAGGCGGAUCACCUGUCCAGUCUAAUCGCGGCUGCCAAGGAAGCGGGGAUCACCUUUUACUACGCCCUAUCGCCCGGACUGGACAUGACCUACAGCAGUCCAAAGGAAAUAGCCACGCUAAAACGAAAGCUGGAUCAGGUUUCGCAGUUUGGCUGUGAAGCAUACGCCUUGUUGUUCGACGACAUUGAGUCAGAGCUCUCGAAGGCGGACAAGGAGGUCUUCCAGACCUUUGCCAACGCCCACGUCUCGGUGACCAAUGAGAUAUACUCGCACCUGGGCAGCCCCAAAUUUCUUUUCUGUCCGACCCAGUACUGCGCCUCGCGGGCUGUGCCCACCGUUCAGGAGUCGGAGUACCUCAACACCCUAGGCUCGAAAUUGAAUAAUGAGAUCGACAUUCUCUGGACUGGAGAUAAGGUUAUCUCGAAGACCAUAUCGCUUGAGUCGAUUCGAGAAAUUACUGAGGUGCUGCGUCGUCCACCGUGUAUCUGGGAUAAUCUGCAUGCCAACGACUACGACCAGAAACGCGUCUUUCUAGGACCUUAUAGUGGUCGCUCGCCGGAGUUGAUCCCGCAUCUUCGGGGUGUUAUGACCAAUCCAAACUGCGAGUUUUACGGAAAUUUUGUUGCCAUUCACUCACUAGCCUUCUGGUCGCGCUGCAAGAUGGACUCCAAGGUGAACAGCUCGCUGAGCGCGGACAUAAAACUGGAGACUGAAAACGAGGAUGACCUUCCGACGGAGUUUCUUUCAAAGAACGUUUACCACCCGCGCGUGGCUCUAAAGAACGCUAUUACGGAAUGGCUGCCGGAAUUCUUUAUGAAAAAGGAGGCCUGGGGACCCAUAACCAAGCCCCAACCGCAAGUUCAAAUGGUCAUGCCUAUCAUUCCCAUUAUACCUUCCAUUAACACCUGCAUGAGUCUCACCACUACCACAACCACUUCGACGAGUUCGAGGACGGUUCCAGAGGUUAACACCACCCAGUUGCAAGCCUUGGCUGACGUUUGCGUUGUGACCUCCUCCCUGACACCCAUCUCAAAUCCAGUGAUGAAUUCGUUGGUGUCGCCUACAAAAGUGAUCACGAACGACGAGAUAAUUAAUCCCAUUCCGACCACAGCUGCCAGCAACAUUGAACUGCCCAAAAAGAUACCCAUCUCCGUUGUUCCCGUGCCCAUUAUGGAAACGAAAAGUGUAGAAGCAUCUGUGGAAGUGGAUCUGGACAAUGCCGCGUUUAACGACAAUGAAAUUGAAACAAAAAAUGAUUCGACAAAGGAGCGGCUUGAAGUAGAGGUGGACUUAGAGGAUAAGCACGAAGCGGUGGCCAGUCUUAUUGUCGACGCAAUGCUGGAUGAUGCCAGUCUGAGUCCAAUGAGUGGCGGAGUCAAUGAGCCCAUGGAGUGUAGCAGCAGCAUAGCCUCUCAGGUCUCUCCAAGGGAGGAAGAGAUAACUAAACUGGUGGCCGACGAUAUUCUUAUGGAAUCUGUGAACGAUGUGCAUAGUAUGCAUGUGGAGAGUGGAACUUCAUCGCCGAUAUCAAAUGCGGAGAUGCGCGAAGAAAACGAAGCUCAGUCCGAUAGGAUCAUCGAAAAUAAUAUAACCGUCGGUGAAAGAAUAACCGUUGACGAUCUGGGUCUGCUCUGCGAUUUGUUUUAUUUACCUUUUGAACACGGUAGCCGUGGCCUAAAGCUGCUGAUUGAGUUCAAUUGGUUAAAGGCCAACGCCAAUGUGAUACUGCAGGACCGUUCUGUUGCUGGCGGAAACGAUGGAAUCAAGGCAACUAAACCGGAGGUCAGCGAGUGGAACCAUCGGUGUGAACAGUUUGACGAACUGUGUGGCGCCGUUGUAAAGCUGCUGAUCAAAAUCGCUAACUGUGAGAAUAAGGAGAUCUGCCAUGAGCUGUAUUCUUAUGUGUGGGAUAUCUCUGGAGCCCUUUCCCUGCUCAACUGCUAUGUCAAGUGGCUGGCUCUUGGUCAUUUCCCACAAAACACGUCUUCCUACACAGAGGGCAGCUAUACUUGGUUUAGCAAAGGAUGGAAGGAGGCUUUCAUGUCUGGUGACCAGGAGCCGUGGGUAUUUAGAGGCGGGCUCAUUGCGGAUUUGCAGCGCCUAAUGCCCGUGGAUUCGGGAAACGACCUUUUUGUGUACAAGCUUCCUGAACAACCCACAGCGAACUAUUAUCUUCUCCGGCCCUACUGCAACUCUGACGAGCAGAACGUCAACGAUGUGUGCACCCGUUUGUAUUUGCAGUGGCAAAAAGAGGUGGACGGAGGCAAUCCCAUACAGUUUCCUCUGCCAGGAAAUGUGGCUAACAUCGUGGCGGAUGGACUGAUAGGUGGACAUCUCACCCUCAGUCCUCAGCUGUGUAUUGUUGCCUACGAUGAGAAUAACAGUAUAAUUGGCUAUUCCUGUGCGGCCUUGGACGUCAACAUAUUCCGGCGUAACCUGGAUCUUUGCUGGUUCACCGAGCUGCGCGAGAAAUACCCCAAGGAUCUUUGUUCACAGGAGGGUGACGAGGAGGUAAUGCAGCUUGUCACUUCAUUUGUGGACAAGAUUCAUGGCAUAAGCGGCAACUUGGCUCUAGAGCAGUGUCCGAUAGAGGUAAGCGGCUCAUUUCCGGCCGUCCUGAUCUCGGGAACUUUGAGAGAGGCAGAGGGGAGGGACUCUGGUAUUACCAAGCGGAUGCUCACCGUGCUCUUGGCUGCCCUGCGAGCGAAUGGUUGUUUUGGAGCUCACGUGUGUGUCCCCGAGCAAGACGUUGGCCAGGUGAAUUUUUACUCAAGAAUUGGUUUUGUGGAUGUCUAUCGUGAGGAAGCAAGCAAAUGCAUUUAUAUGGGUCGUCGUUUCUAGCGUUUCUGGAUGCCAGCUCCACUGCCUCCACUUUUAAUGUUCCUUUAUCUUUGGUAUUCCGGCUAGCAGCGCUAGCCUCUCUCGUCUCGACCUCGUCCUUUUUUGUAUUCCCUUAAGGUAAAAGUUUGUAUUACUGACCAGCCCUUUUAGCAUUUAUCUCAUCGUUUUCUUAACGUGGAAAACAAUAAAAAUACCAAUUUAAUAA